CUUCAAUCUUCACUUCAUCCUCUGCCAUCGCCAAACCACGAGUGGACUUUCAGCUAAUGAUUGCAGCAGACCGCAUGUUCUUAGCUACAAGCCUUACUUUCUAUUUGAAAUCACCGCUUGAUCUCGUGUAUUGGUUUGAACAGCUGGCAGUCUCCCACGGGCUUUGCCCCCAAACCUUUCAAAAUGAGGUUUAUGAUAGACGAGCUUGAGGUGCUCUUUCCGUACCCCAAGAUCUAUCCUGAGCAAUGGCAAUACAUGUGUGACCUGAAAAAGGCUCUAGACGCGGGGGGGCAUUGCUUACUUGAGAUGCCUUCGGGCACUGGCAAGACUGUCACACUAUUAUCAUUGAUCGUCGCCUACCAGCGACACCAUGGAGAUUCCAGGAAAUUGAUUUAUUGCUCACGAACUAUGAGUGAAAUUGACAAGGCACUUCAUGAAUUAAAGGCUUUGAUGAAAUAUCGUGAAUCUCAGUUGGGCUAUGCAGAAGACUUUCGCGGCCUAGGACUUUCCAGCAGGAAGAAUCUAUGUUUGCAUCCAUCCGUCAAACGCGAAAAGAGCGGUACUGUUGUCGAUGCUAGAUGCAGGAGCCUCACUGCUUCCUUUGUGGCCCAAAAGAAAGAGCGUGGUGAAGAGGUGGAUACUUGCACGUACCAUGAUAAUUUGGAUUUACUUGAACCACACAAUUUAAUCGAGCCGGGUGUCUUCACAUUCGGCGAUCUUCUCAAAUACUGUCAAGAAAAGGUCACAUGUCCCUACUUCACUGUGCGACGCAUGCUGCCUUAUUGCAACGUCAUAAUCUACAGUUAUCACUAUCUUCUAGACCCUAAGAUCGCAGAGCGAGUAUCCAGGGAACUAUCAAAAGAUUGCAUUGUUGUUUUUGACGAGGCUCACAAUAUUGAUAACGUCGCCAUUGAAUCGCUCAGUAUUGAUUUAACCGAAGAUUCUUUACGAAAAGCUUCGAGGGGGGCAAAGAACCUUGAGCGCAAGAUUGAAGAACUUAAAUCAUCAGAUGCCGAAAAGUUACAAUCAGAAUAUACCAAGCUCGUCGAAGGCUUAAAGGCCACCGAAGAGGCGAGAGACGAAGACUUAAUCAUGUCCAAUCCGGUCUUACCCGCAGAUUUAUUAACUGAAGCUGUACCGGGUAACAUUCGACGAGCAGAACACUUCAUAGCCUUCUUACAAAGGUUCAUACAGUAUCUAAUGACGAGAAUGAAAGUCACACAUACUAUUAGUGAAACAACGCCAAGUUUCUUACAACAUCUUCGUGAAUUGGUCUUUAUUGAGGCUAAGCCUUUGAAAUUCUGCUCCGAACGAUUAACUUCACUUGUUCGUACGCUUGAGCUUAUGAAUAUCGAAGACUACCAGCCCCUUCAAGAAGUUGCUAUGUUUGCAACUCUCGUCAGCACUUAUGAUCGUGGGUUUCUCCUGAUAUUAGAGCCUUUUGAGUCCGAGGCUGCCACGGUUCCCAAUCCUGUCUUGCAUCUUGCCUGUUUGGAUGCGGCAAUUGCAUUCAAACCAGUUGUCGAUCGAUUCUCAUCGAUCGUAGUUACUUCUGGUACCCUGACUCCUCUGGAUAUGUUUCCCAAAAUGCUCAACUUCACACCAGUGUUGCAAGAAUCAUACACAAUGACUCUUGCUCGACGCUCCUUUUUACCUAUGAUAGUUACUCGAGGAUCUGACCAGGCACAAAUCUCAUCUUCAUUCCAAACAAGAAACGAUCCAAGCAACCUGCGUAAUUUCGGUACUCUUUUAGUCGACUUUGCUAGGAUUGUUCCUGAUGGGAUUGUGGUUUUCUUCCCAUCAUACUUAUACAUGGAGUCGACACUGCACGUCUGGUCAGGCAUGGGUAUUCUAGAUAUGAUCUGGAAUUACAAGCUCAUUCUAGUCGAAACGCCGGACGCGCAAGAGUCAUCACUUGCUCUAGAAACAUAUCGAACAGCCUGCUGUAACGGUCGCGGAGCUAUUCUCAUGUCUGUUGCGAGAGGCAAAGUGGCAGAAGGAGUCGAUUUUGACCAUCAGUACGGACGAGCAGUCAUCUGUAUUGGUGUGCCAUUUCAGUACACUGAGUCGCGUAUAUUGAGGGCGCGUCUCGAAUUUCUUCGAGAAAACUACAGUAUUCGAGAAAACGAUUUCUUAUCUUUUGAUGCCAUGAGACACGCCUCCCAAUGUCUCGGCCGUGUCAUCCGUGGUAAGGAUGAUUACGGUAUCAUGGUUCUCGCAGAUAAACGUUUUGCACGAAAGAGAACCCAACUUCCGAAAUGGAUCAAUCAAACGAUUCUGGAGAGCGAGGUGAAUCUAAGUACAGACAUGGCUGUAGCCACAGCCAAAAAUUUCCUGCGAACGAUGGCCCAACCAUUCAAAGCCAAGGAUCAUGAAGGCAUCUCCAGCUGGACUCCUGCGCAGCUGCAAGAGCAAAUUGCGAAACGCAAGAUUGAGGAGGAUAGACAUAUGCACGACUUAGAUGGCCAGGGUCAUGCUGGAGCGACUAAUGGCCGGAUAACUAACGAUGCAGGGGUUGUUGUAGAUGAAUUCGAUGAUGAUAUUGAUGAGGAACUGAUGAACCUAGAUGCAGACUGAUACCCCUUUCUCAUUUCAGCGACCGUUGAAAAUUUAAGAAAAUACUCGGUAGACUUUUUAGCAUACAUGCAUGGCUGCGGGCGGAGUUUGGUCCUUUUCAAUGUUUUGAGGCAAUGAAAUGUUUCAUUAACGAGUUUGAGACAUAAAGAUAUUGUUCUAACCACUAUUUUUUGUCUUAUGGAACAUGUAUAACAUUUAAAUGUUAAGAUAGCAGCUAGCCGUAGUGUCAACUAGUAUCGACAGAUAUCAAUGUUGAUUUACAAAUGUCCUUGGC